AUGCUCAGGUUUCAUCUGGCCGCCAUGAUCGGCUCCCGUUGGCUGCAAGCAAUACUAGCAGCACCCACCACUGCGCCUCCCAACUAUGGCUCAACCUCGACGACCGGGGAGACGCCAUCAUAUUACCCCGGUGAACCAUGCGUACUGCCCGGACCAGAGACACGCACGAAUGUAUGCUAUGUGGAUACAAUAGGGACUGGUGAUGAUGCGCCCGCUAUCGUUGAUGCUUUCCAAAGAUGCGGCAAGGAUGGGAAAGUCGUCUUCAACGCAACAACCUACCACAUCGACUCCGUCAUGAACACCACAGGACUAUCAAACGUUGAAGUCGAUGUUCAGGGUACUUUGCUCUGGGGAACGGACAUCGAUUACUGGCUUAGCCACAGUCUUCCAGUAGGCUACCAGAAUCAGUCAUCAGCAUGGUUCUUCGGAGGCGACCAAAUCCAUCUCCACAGCAGUACGGGCACCGGAUCUUUCGAUGGCAACGGCCAAGUCUGGUAUGACUUCACGAACGGAGCCUCCAACUACCCAAGAAGACCACAUCAAAUCACAUUCAGCCAUCUGACCAACUCCGUCAUCGAAGACAUGCGAUUCCUGCAAAGCCAAAUGUGGACCAUGACCUUGAUCAACAGCGAGAACGUACUACUGCAAGACAUCUACGUCAACUCGACAGAUGCUGCCAAAAGAGAUCAAUAUGGACCGCUGAACACCGAUGGCGCUGAUACGAUCUACUCCAAUAACAUCACCUUUGCCCGUUGGGUGGUGGACUGCGGUGAUGAUCACAUCUCUCCAAAGGCAAACAGCUCGAACAUACUGGUCGAGGAUGCUACCUUUUACCACGGCAGUGGCAUAGCGUUGGGCUCCAUCGGCCAGUUUGCUGGUCAAUACGAGUUCAUCGAGAACGUCACGGCACGGAACAUCGAGACGACUGGGGCGCGGCAAGGCGGGUACAUCAAGACAUGGACCGGCGUCCAAAAAGGCAAUCCCCCCAACGGCGGCGGCGGUGGAAAAGGCUACAUGAAGAACAUCGUCUUCAACAACUGGACACUGCGCGACGUUCCUCUCGCUGUCGACAUCACGCAAUGCGUCAACUUCGAGGGCGGGACAGGCGAUUGCGACACUAGCACUUUCCAGGUCAGUAAUCUACACUGGACUGCUAUUCGAGGCACGCAGAGGAACCGAGAAGUGGCGCGACUGCAAUGCUCGGCUGCGGCGCCUUGUACUGGUGUUGAGAUCAGUAAUGUCAAUAUGACUGUGCAGGGCACUGGUGAGCUUGCUACGGAGUAUUUGUGUAGUAAUGUUGUUGGGCCUGUUGGGUUUAGGUGUGGUGGGGUUGCUUGA